AUGAUUAUUAACAUUCUAGCAGGUCCCAGUUGUUUUGGUGCAUUUAAACGUAGUAGUCAAUACAUUCAUCUUUUGGCUGAAUUAGAUUUACUUAAGGAACCAUUAGAACAACCUUCAUCGUCUAGUUAUAUGUCUAUCUCUUCAAUUUCAAACGAAACAGUAUCUCAAGUCCAACCUAAGCCAUUAUCUGAAACUGAAAAGAUUAAUACUUCCAAUGAUUCUACUCUUCAUAACGUUUCUUUCCAAUCUGAAAUGUCGAUUUCUUCAAAUUCUGUUGAUGAAUGUACAGAAAAUCAUUGUUUCAAAGAAGCCCAACAACAACCAAAGUCAGUGCCGCCAAGAUUAUCAGAAUCUUCUAUUAUUUCACCAACAAAUCAUAACGAACGUGGAGCUUUUGAUGAUGCUUACGCAGCUGUCAUAAAUCGAACAGAAAUAAUGCAUGACUCUUAUGUAAUUUAUACUGUAAAAGUUACACGUACUUCACCUUCCACUGGACAGUCUCAAUCUUGGAAUACUCUCCGUCGUUUCAGACAUUUCGUUGAACUACACUCGUUUCUUACAAAUAGAUGUGGUCGUAUCGCUGAACUCAAAUUACCAUCAAAAAUAGCAUUUAAUAAUAUGAGUCCUGAAUUUUUAGCGCAACGUCGACGUGGACUUAAUUCCUAUUUGAAUAUACAAAAUCCAGUAUUACUCAAAUACAAGAUAGAGGGUAGAAAACAUUUAAUUGCAACCUAAUAAUUGCAUAAUAUCAUGUGCUUACUUUGAGAACUACUUUUAAUCCUUUUAUAGUUUAGAAAAUUUGGAUACAUCAAGAGAACAAAGCAUAGUUGUGAUUAUAAUUCAACGUUUUUUUACGCUUUGAGGCAACUAGGAAUUUAACGUUUAACAGAUCCCUUUAAUUAGUAAAAUAUAUGCAUGAUAAUCUUCAAAAUUUGUUAAAAUACCAUAGUUAAUUUUAAAAGUUGUCCACAAUAAUUUGGUUUAUUCAUUUGUCAAUAUUUGAUAUAUCCCUCAAUAGAAGAUUAAUUUACAAGUGGUUAUACGAAAAAUUGCAUGUCUAAAUGUUUGCAAUUUAUCAGCACAGUUAUCGAAUGUCUUAAUGUUAAUCGUUCGCCUUAACACCUGAUGCUUUUUAAAAUUAAUCUUCA